AAACAACUUCGAGCUGGUUUUGGUGCCUUUUUUGGUUAUCCGUUUCCAUUUGUGUACGUUCUGGAAGAACGAAAGGAAAACCGUGAUCUUGUAUCAUUUGUUGAGAGUGAUAAGUGUUUCAAAAGACUAUCGAAAAUGUCUCGAUCAUUCCUAGUGGAUUCGUUAAUCAGUGAUAAGCCGACUCCGGCUAAGAAUACCAUGUACAACUACAGUCAGUUUACUCAACUUCCGGUGACGCCACCAGCCACUUUGCCGUAUUCGGCCUGUUACGUUGGAAGUUACCUGUUCUCACUUGGAUUACAACAACAGCAGCAACAACAACAACAACUAGCUGCCGCCCAGCAACUUCAGUUUUCACCGCAUCACGUGCCGAUUCCUCAGCCUCAGAGCCUUGGACUUGACCUUUCCCCGAAGAUGCUGUACCAGCCGACGGAUGUGCAACCGCUGAAAUUCUCCCCCAAAGAGGAUUACUACCGGAAGUUGUACCGUUGCGAAAAAACUCCGGAACGUUACGCCCCCUACAGUUCACCAUCGACCACGGUCGCAAAAACCGCAACCGCACCCGUCAGUAAGUCUUCAACGCCAUCGCCCACACCCCUCGAUGGACAGAGCUACUUGAUCGACGAUGAGCUAUCGAGCAAGCGUAUCCGCACGGCCUUCACCAGCACCCAACUGCUAGAACUGGAGCGCGAAUUCGCCUCCAACAUGUACCUCACCCGAUUGCGACGGAUUGAAAUCGCCAACCGGCUGCGUUUGUCCGAGAAGCAGGUCAAGAUUUGGUUCCAGAAUCGUCGCGUCAAGCGCAAGAAGGGAGACGCCCCGAUCUGCGCCGGAAGUCCGGCAGCAUCCCCUAGUAGUUCUGCCAACACUUCUUCACCAUGUCGAUCACAACAUCAACAACAACCGCAAUCGUGCUGCACCGGUGGCCACAGUUCCGAUGGUGAAGAGUCGCACGCCAUGCGUCAGGAGCAACCGGAACUGAAGCCGAAGAUCGAAGGAAUCUCGCUGCUACAACAACAGCACCAUCCGUGGGAUUUUAGCAAAAGUUUUCACUAAAUAGACUGUUGUUGAUUGCGAGUGUCCUCCUCGGUCAUGUUAAGGUGCUUAAUAGAUUUAAGUGAAAAUGUAUAUGAUAGUUUAAGAUGUUACGAAAGUUAAAAUAUUGAUACAUAUAGUUUUAUGAAACAUAAAAUAUAAAAUCCAAUUUACUACAAAA